CCCAGGCCAGCAGGAUGGCCCGCGUCCUUCUCAGGGAGAAAGGGUCCCCUGUGCCUGGGUGGGACCCCAGGCCCCAGCCCGGGUGUUGACGUCCCCCUUGCCACAUAAAGAAACAUGUUCCAGGAUUAGGAUGCGGCCGACAUCCGGGGACCAGCCGAGAGCUCCUGGGGGUCCCCACCCUGACCACGGACCUCUUCCCUCAGUUACUACAUUUCUCCUGCUGGGAUGGAAUAGUCUGGAAUACUCGUGUUCCGGAGAAGUCUUGUAUUCCACAAAACAUUCUAAAACGGAUUGUGUCCACGGAUAAAGUGGCAGGGAGCUGAAAAUUCCAGAUUUAUGGUAACAAUGUACGUUUUCCACAGAAGCCCCCGACAAAGGAACUUCAUCACUGCAGGUGUGGUUUUGAUGGACAAAUACACAACACACACUGGCUAACCCAGACCGACAAGAUCGGCGUUAAAUGUAAGCAUGUCAACAGUAGGCGUGUCCGGGACCUUCCAGGUGACCGAGAAAAUGUAGCAGAGCCGCGCGAGGCACCACCUGCCUGAGCGGUGCGGACAGCCCAGCCCAGACGCCUGGCCCUCCCCGGGCCCCCCGCGGGUCACCCUCACCAUGUCCAAGAAGGGCACGGGCGGCCGCAGCAAGGGGGACAAGACGGAGGCCUUCGCUGCGCUGCAGGCUGCCAAUGAGGAGCUCCGGGCCAAGCUGACCGACAUCCAGAUUGAGCUGCAGCAGGAGAAGAGCAAGGUGAGCAGGGUGGAGAGAGAGAAGAACCAGGAGCUGCGGCAGGUGCGGGAGCACGAGCAGCACAAGAACGCCGUCCUGCUCACCGAGCUCAAGACCAAGCUGCACGAGGAGAAGAUGAAGGAGCUGCAGGCCGUGCGGGAGACGCUGCUGCGGCAGCACGAGGCCGAGCUGCUCCGGGUCAUCAAGAUCAAGGACAACGAGAACCAGCGGCUGCAGGCGCUGCUGCAUGCCCUGCGCGACGGUGCCCCCGACAAGGUCAAGACCGUGCUGCUGUCUGAGGCCAAGGAGGAGGCCAAGAAGGGGUUCGAGGUGGAGAAGAUAAAAAUGCAGCAGGAGAUCUCUGAGCUCAAGGGGGCCAAGAAGCAGGUGGAGGAGGCGCUGACCAUCGUGAUCCAGGCCGACAAGAUCAAGGCCGCGGAGAUCAGGAGCGUGUACCACCUCCACCAGGAGGAGAUCUCCCGCAUCAAGAAGGAGUGUGAGCGGGAGAUCCGCAGGCUGAUGGAGGAGAUAAAAUUUAAAGACAGAGCAGUCUUCGUGCUGGAGAGAGAGUUAGGGGUUCAAGCCGGGCAUGCUCAGAGACUGCAGCUCCAAAAAGAGGCUUUAGAUGAGCAGCUGUCCCAGGUCAAAGAGGCUGAUCGGCACCUGGGCAGCCCCAGACGGGAACUUCCUUAUGCAGGCGGUGCAGGAGACGCCUCAGACCACUCGGGAAGCCCUGAACAGCAGUUGGAUGAAAAGGAUGCUCGGCGCUUCCAACUUAAAAUUGCGGAGCUGAGCGCCAUCAUUCGCAAACUGGAGGACCGAAAUGCCUUGCUGUCAGAAGAAAGGAAUGAGCUGUUAAAGCGCUUAAGAGAAGCCGAGAGUCAAUACAAGCCAUUGCUGGAUAAAAACAAGCGCCUUACUCGGAAGAACGAAGAUCUGUCCCACACUCUGCGUCGGAUAGAAAACAAGUUAAAGUUUGUCACGCAGGAGAACAUAGAGAUGAGACAAAGAGCCGAUAUCAUAAGGAGACCCAGCUCCUUAAACGACCUGGAUCAAAGUCAGGACGAAAGAGAAGUUGACUUCUUGAAACUUCAAAUUCUGGAGCAGCAGAACCUCAUAGACGAGCUUUCUAAGACCCUCGAAACUGCCGGCUAUGUGAAGAGUGUGCUGGAGCGAGAUAAGCUUUUACGAUUUCGAAAGCAAAGAAAGAAAAUGGCGAAACUCCCCAAGCCGGUGGUGGUGGAGACCUUCUUUGGAUAUGACGAAGAGGCUUCUCUGGAGUCUGAUGGCUCCUCCAUCUCUUACCAAACAGACAGGACGGACCAGACGCCGUGCACUCCCGACGAUGACCUGGAGGAGGGAGUGGCCAAGGAGGAGACGGAGCUGAGGUUCCGGCAGCUGACCAUGGAGUACCAGGCCUUGCAGCGAGCCUACGCCUUGCUGCAGGAGCAGGUCGGAGGGACGCUGGACGCAGAGCGAGAAGUUAAGACCCGUGAGCAGCUCCAAGCAGAGGUGCAGAGAGCCCAGACUCGGAUCGAAGACCUUGAGCAGACCCUGGCCGAGCAGGGGCAGGACAUGAAGUGGAUUGAAGAGAAGCAAGCGCUGUAUCGAAGGAACCAAGAGCUUGUGGAGAAGAUCAAACAAAUGGAGACGGAAGAGGGUCGAUUAAGACAUGAGGUCCAGGAUGCAAGAGACCAGAACGAGCUGCUGGAGUUCCGGAUCCUGGAGCUGGAGGAAAGGGAGAGGAAGUCACCCGCCAUCAACUUCCACCACACCCCGUUCGUGGAAGGGAAGAGCCCCCUCCAGGCCUACUGCGAAGCGGAAGGCGUGACGGACAUCCUGGUCUCGGAGCUGAUGAAGCAGCUGGACAUCCUGGGGGAUAACGCCUGGCUCCAGCAGAUCGAAGAGACGGAGUCGGCCCUGCACCGAAAGAUGGUUGACCUGGAAAGUGAGAAGGAGCUGUUCAGCAAGCAGAAGGGCUACCUGGACGAGGAGCUGGACUACAGGAAGCAGGCCCUGGACCAGGCUCAUAGGCACAUCCUGGAACUGGAAGCCAUGCUUUACGACGCCUUGCAGCAGGAGGCCGGGGCCAAGGUGGCCGAGAUUCUGUCGGAGGAGGAGCGCGAGAAGCUCAAGGUGGCCGUGGAGCAGUGGAAGCGCCAGGUCAUGAGUGAGCUGCGCGAGCGGGACGCCCAGAUCCUGCGGGAGCGCAUGGAGCUGCUGCAGCUGGCACAGCAGAGAAUUAAAGAGUUAGAAGAGAGAAUAGAAGGUCAGAAGAGGCAAAUAAAGGAACUGGAGGAAAAGCUUUCAUUCUGUGGUCAUAGCUCGCCUGGGCCCCCUGACGCGCCCCCAGAGGAGCCGGACCCCUUUCCUCCAGCUGGACCAGAGCCCAGCAGGUGCCCGGGCGGCCACACAAGACGCCCUGUCUCGUCCCUGAAGACCCGAGAGGAUCUGGUCUCUGUGGACCCCGGCCCGACGAGGAGGAGGGAGCAGGGGGCCCUUUGAGCACCUCUGAGCGGGCAAACGUCCGCUCUGUGAGCCAGAAUUAGAACUAGUUUUCUGACUGGGGCUCCCCUGGAGGACUCCUGGUCUUGCUGCUGGACCCUGGGGUCCCUCCCGGGGAGGCAGCCUCCGCAUCCCGGUGUGAAGGGUGCGCGAGUUCCCUGCUGAGCAGGUGCAGAGAGCUGCUUCUGUGCAGAAGCAUCCAGAGCCCCAUGCUCCCAUUCGUGACCCCUUAAUCACACGGCACACAUCUCAGAUGAACGGACACAGGCACCCCACAAAGUGAUGCAAUGAAGCCUGUGACCACAGAGGUGACCUUCAUUCAGGGAGGCCCAGCCGGGUCCUGAGGGAUGUUCCGAGGAUGGCUUCCCGGGCCACUUUGGGUGGCCUAGGAGGACUCGCUCACUGGGGUCCUGAGCACCUGCUGGCGACGCAUCCCUGCCUGAUUUGAUGACGCUGUCACCCGUGGCUGUCUCACCCGUGCUGUGAGCCCCCAGCCUCCGAGCCGCCAGGAGCCUCACAGAGGAGCGAGUGGGACCGACCAGAGGGAGACUGAGGAGCGUGGUCGUGGGAGGCGGGACAAGACAGGGCCUGGACUCACUGGAAAGGGGGCCUGGCUCUCCCGGAACACAGAGCCCCAGACUGCGGAGGCCCUGAGUGCCCAGUGCACCCCGGCCCUGAGGCCACGGGCUGAGCGCGGCCGGAGCUGCAGGUGCAGACCCCCAGGCGCCGCCCUCAAGGCAGUGCCCGGCGAGGGCAGCCACGCGCCUGUGCCCCUGCAGAUACGAGAAGGGAGCCCAGGGCCCGUGUGGUGAGCAGGGAGGAGACAGCGCGCCAACCAAGCUCGUUUGAAGCACCGCGCGGUCUGGCCGGCAGCCCAGGAGCGUCCUCAGGGCGAACCGCCCGACUGCCGGACCGGAAGUGGCUCUUCCAUUGACCCCGCAUCCUCGCAGGCCAAAGGUUGUCACUCUCAGUGCUGAAUUUGCAAGGGGUGUAUGUGUGCGUGUGUGGGUGAGUCUCUGUGUGUGCACACGUGCAUGCUCCACCAGGAGACAAGAUUUGGGCUUUUUUGAGGCCCCUGAAGGUUGGGAGGUGACACCGGCAGCCAGAUGAGAAUGUAGCAAACACCGCAUAAAAGAGAAGCAAACUGUGUUUCCGAGGAGCUGAAGGCAGGGGCGACCGUGCUGUCUGCCAGUGUCAGGUUCAUUUCAUGUUUGCUUCAGAAGACAUGUCCAAGUCGGGUGCAGGUGACUGGCCCCAGGCCAGGCUUGAGUCCCUGGGUUGAAAUCGGGAGGAAGUUUACAGGAUCUGACAGAUGCGCUUUUCUCUAGUGGGUGAGGGGUUUCUGCUGGGCGAUGCCCUAUUUCACUAUUAACCAGACCUGUCCGGAAGGACCCAUCCUUUCUGUUGUCUUAAGCCCACAGUCACCCUGGUCAAGAUACAGGGUGAGUUUGCCGCUUCUCUGGCUGAGCCUGAUGUUGGGGUUUGUGGAUCAAGUCUGAGUCUCGCUUUAUCCUCCAUGAGUAGGAUCCUCCACUCCCAUGGCCGCAGCCCGGCCACACAUUUGUUGUGCUCAGAACCAAAUGGCAGAGGAUAGUCUUGAGCGAAUAAGAGCCACUGUGGGGCUGUGGGGGGCGGGGUGAGGGGGGUGCAGGCGUCCAGAAACCCUGCAGCGGCAAGCGCUGGGGGUGCCGCCUCUGGUGCGCCCCCCCCCCCCCGCCCCGGGCGUGGCCUGCCCAGGGGUCGCAGAGCGGGCCUGGCCCUUCAGGACGUAGCGCUGUGCACGUGCAGCCAACCUCACGUCGCCUGUGUGUACUUGGAUCCGCGCCUCGGUGUGCCCGGAGCACGUCCUGCACCCUCCGCACACACGGCCGGCGUUCCUAACCACAGCUUCGUGGCUGACAGAGGGCAAACUAUGCAGGACAGAGAAGCGUGGAGAUGUGUGCGGUGCUUAUGAAGUUGUGUAUGUGUAAAAGCGCCUGUGGGAAUGGCUCCCAAAUGUUUUAAAUAACAUUCCGUGAGCCGAGCGGCGCUGGUGUCCUUGCCGCGCUCCUGGAGUCCCCGUUCAGUCACAAUGUCAGUUCUUCUCGUGAGACAUCGUUAUUUUCAUUCAUGUAUCCUGGGCGCCUUCUUUUCAUCUGAUGAUGAAAUCCAGCGUUUGAGGACUGAGGUUUUGCGAACGAACAAAAAAAAGGAAGGAAGAAAGUGACUACAAGCCUUUGCCCCCGAUUCCCGCUAGUCCAGUGAGCAUCUGAGGGAUUCAAGCGUUUUAACCUAAUGUGCUUUUUCUAAAUCCUAGAGGAUACCUUUUAUGCUAAACCAACAGGCUGGACUGAAUUUGCUGAACGUGUCUGUGCCCUGUUGUUGCAAACGCCCCCGAGCAGGGGAGGUCCGUGGGUGACUGCCACGCCCUCGUGGAACCAGAGGAGGGGCCGGAAGUUGACAGAAAUGCUUAUGGUGCCACCAAGACACGGACGGGCCGACAGCGUAACAGUCACCAGCACAGCUGCGCUGCGCACGCGGCACGCAGAGCCGCCGGGUGUUUUCGUUUGUCUAGACUAGAAAUUCAGGUGGACCGCAGCUCCCGGCUGACACGGACGUGUGUGCAUGCCUGGUUUCCACGGUCGAGAGCCUGCUGCCGAAGGCCUGUGCUCUCCCUCGGAGCGCUCUGCCCCUGCAGGACCUGUAGCCUUCAGGACCCCCCGCGUGCCUUACACGACCGUGAACCCCACACCGGAUGUCAUGGGGGGAGCGCGCUCCGCAGUCCACAGUCACCAUCACCCCAUCACUGAAACCUUAAGGUGGAUUGUGUGUUUUAACACAGUAAUGGAUUUAUAUUUAGGCUCAGGAAAAUCAAGUUGUAAAUAUAUGUAUCAAAUCAUAUAUUUGUUUACCGUAUUUUAAAAAGCUUUAUUGUAAAUUUACGCAAACACGGAUUAGGACGCGUUUUUUCCGGCGACACGCCAGCCGGUGUUUGUGCCCCGGAGCAGCUCCUUACCACAUUCUAAACAUGGUGUUCUGUUCAGUGCUAAACAGUAUUCACAGUCUCAAAUAGGUUCGUACGGUGGUCAAGUACAAAAUUUUACACAUAUUUUUGUAUUGUGAUUCCUAUGAUAUAUACCAGAGACUUUUUACUCAUUUGUAAAUUAUUGUACAGUUUUAAUAAAAAAUGUUUUAAAUCUUAGAAUAUCAAAGUCACCCUCUUCCCACGGCAUUAAAGUUUGGGCACAUUGGCGAUGCUAGCCA